AUAACCAAAGUGCAUUAUAUUUUCAUUUCAUUUUUUUAACCAUUCAACACACAAAAGUCAAACAUCAUACUUAGUCCUCACCACGUUUGGGGUGGUGAGCGACUCAAGCAAAAUUUUCUGAUUUUAGAGCGCAGAAAUUCAAACUUUUCCCCACCCCUCAAAUUCGCAUCUCCACACAUUUUAUCAUCUUUCAAGAAAUUAUUAUUAUAUAUUUUUCCAUCUCCUUUUUCUUCCAAUUUUUGGUAUUUUUGGCAAUCGAAUUCCUGACAAUGGGGCAUUGAAUUAGCAUUUUUUGGUGUUUUGUUUUCUUUUCUGGCUUCUUAAUUCCCAGCAAGAAGCCAAGAAAAGAAGAGGGAAAGAAAAUAUAAUAUCAAAAUAUUGGUUACGAAUUUUUUCGUGAUCACUCAAAAAAAUUUUUAAGAUGGCAAGCAAAUUGAAGAAGGCGAUUGGGGCAGUGAAAGAUCAGACGAGCAUUAGUAUAGCGAAGGUUUACGGCAACAAUUCCUCGAAUCUUGAAGUGGCGGUCCUGAAAGCCACCACCCACGACGAUGAUGCGGUGGACGAGCGGUACGUGUACGAGGUGCUCCACCUGGUGUCGGCCAACAAAGUGUACGCGGCGGCCUGCGCGCGCGCCAUCGGCAAGCGGAUAGGGCGGACGCGGAACUGGGUGGUGGCGCUCAAGUCAUUGAUGCUAGUCCUGCGGAUCUUCCAGGACGGCGAUCCUUAUUUUCCCCGAGAGGUUCUUCACGCCAUGAAACGCGGAGCUAAAAUUCUCAACCUCUCGAGUUUCCGCGACGACUCGCAUUGCAGCCCGUGGGAUUUCACGUCCUUCGUGAGAACAUUCGCGUUGUAUCUAGACGAGCGGUUGGACUGCUUUCUCACCGGGAAGUUGCAAAGGAGAUACACGUACCGGCCCGAGAAGGAGGAUUCCAUGGGGCGGAGCCGAAAGGUGAACGUGCCGGUCCGGGAGCUAAAGCCCGCGAUGUUGCUCGAUAGGAUUUCGUACUGGCAGAGAUUGUUAGAGAGGGCGAUCGCCACCAGGCCGACCGGGGCGGCGAAAACGAACGGAUUGGUGAAGAAAGCUCUUUAUGCCGUGGUGCAAGAAAGCUUCGAUCUAUACAAGGAUGUUUCCGACGGGCUAGCGCUUAUUCUCGAUAGUUUCUUCCAUUUACAAUAUCAAUCUUGCGUGAUUGCUUUCCAGACAUGCAUGAAAGCCGCGAAGCAGUUUGAGGAGCUCGGCGCAUUUUAUACUCUGUGUAAAACCAUGGAGGUCGGCCGGUCAUCGGAGUAUCCCAGCGUGCAUUCAAUCUCCCCGGAGCUCAUCGAAACCUUGCAAGAAUUCCUAAAGGAUCCGAACGCCAAGCCGCCUAGUAACCGUUCCGGUUUGCUUCUCUCCGAGCCGCAAACGCCCAGCAGCGCAAGAUCCAUAAGGCACGACAGCAAAUUUGAAUUAUCAUCUACGUCGGAGAGAUGGCCGGAAAGAACGUCGACUGAAGAACACAGUACACAACGGUGCACCUCUUUAGAGGAUCUUUUAAGUGCCACGGAGACUAACGCCAAGACUAUCCCUGCAAUUUCCAUUGAUUUGGAGGCGUAUUCUGAUCAGUUCGAGAAGCAAUCCCAGCAAGAUGAAUCGUUUAGGCUGAGCAACUCCGGGUCUACAAGAUCCCUGCCCGUGUCCAAUUCCAUGGCGGAUCUCUUAUUCUUAGAUGACUGGAAUGCCGACACAGAUCAAGAAAACAUUGCUAUGGAGGACCCUGACGAUGAUUCUUCCAAAGGAUGGGAACUCGUUUUGGCCGAAACCAUUACAUCAUCGUCAUCAAACACCUUCAACGAAGAACAAGAAACCCCGGCCGAAGAAAACGGCUCAAGCACGGGUUGGGAGCUCGUGUUAUUCGAAACCCCGCCGCCACACCGGCCGGAGACAUUGCAACCUAGUAACAACCUAAAUCUUUUGUCUUUGAAUUCACUGUACAACCAAUAUCCAUUCCCGGUAUCCCACCGCUACAACCCUUUUCUCGAGGACGAAUUGCCCAUAAUCCCAACAGGUUUCCCUGGCGACAUAUUUUCUUCUUCAGCGCCGCCGCCGACGUUUCAUGCAACUCCCACAUUCUCUGCCCAAAAUCCCACGGAAACGCAGUACGAGAAUGACCCUUUUGCGACGUUUUCCAACAACCACCAAGGAUUCGGCGGACCAAACAUGGCCCAACAAAACUAUCUUCAUGAACAGCAGCUAUGGUUGCAACACCAAAACAAGAUCAUAGCAAAGCAUAUGGCCUGAACAUCAUCAUCAUACUCUCAUCUCCAUGUACCAAAUGUUACAGUGAGUUUAUAUAUCAUUGUAUGUACAUACAUUGCCAUUUUUCCUCUUUCCUGUGUUCUAACUUCUAACUCUUCUUGCUGUGAAUUUUAUUAGCUAGCAUCAAUUUAUCUGUAUCUCUAACAAGCUUUCAUCUUAUACAUACGGAGAGUUGUGUACAUAUGUUGUAUUAUAAACCUCAUCAAAGAAUAUUUUUUACUCUAAUUCAAAUAGUGCUCUCUUGUAUUA